GCGAGCCGGGGCACCGGGCGGCGGCGGCGGCGGCGGCGGCGGCGGCGCGCGCCAUGUCGUUCAGUGAAAUGAACCGCAGGACGCUGGCGUUCCGAGGAGGCGGGUUGGUCACCGCCAGCGGCGGCGGCGGCGGCGGCGGCGGCGGCUCCUCCACGAACAAUAACGCGGGCGGGGAGGCCUCGGCUUGGCCUCAGCCGCCGCAGCCGAGACAGCCCCAGCCGCUAGCGCCUCCGCAGCUCAAUGGGCGGGGGGCCGACGAGGAAGCGGAAUUGGAGGGCCUGGAGCCCCAGGACCCGGAGGCCUCCGCCGCCGCCGCCGCCGCCGCCGCCGCCGCCGCCGAGGAAGCCAAGGAGUCGCUGCUCCCCCAGGACGCGGGCGGCCCCACCUCGCUGGGCGGCGGUGGCGCCGGGGGCCCCCUGCUAGCGGAGAGGAACCGUCGGACUCUGGCCUUCCGAGGCGGCGGCGGCGGCGGGGGUCUCGGCAACAAUGGCAGCAGCCGCGGCCGGCCCGAGACCUCGGCGUGGCCCCUGAGGCAUUUCAAUGGGCGAGGGCCCGCGGCCGUGGAGCUGGAGCUGGACGCGCUGGAGGGGAAGGAGCUGAUGCAGGACGGCGCGUCCCUGAGCGACAGCACCGAGGACGAGGAGGAGGGGGCGAGCCUGGGCGACGGCAGCGGGGCGGAAGGCGGCAGCUGCAGCAGCAGCAGGCGGUCGGGCGGCGAUGGCGGGGACGAAGCGGAGGGCAGCGGCGUGGGCGCUGGCGAAGGAGAGACUGUCCAGCACUUCCCGCUCGCGCGGCCCAAGUCCCUGAUGCAGAAGCUACAGUGCUCCUUCCAGACCUCCUGGCUCAAAGAUUUCCCCUGGCUGCGGUAUUCCAAGGAUACUGGCCUUAUGUCCUGCGGCUGGUGCCAGAAGACCCCGGAGGACGGGGGCAGCGGGGACCUUCCGCCGGUGGGGCACGACGAGCUUUCUCGAGGGACCCGAAACUACAAGAAAACCCUGCUUCUGAGACACCACGUCUCUACCGAGCACAAACUCCACGAAGCCAACGCCCAGGAGUCAGAAAUACCAUCAGAGGAGGGGUACUGUGACUUUAAUAGUAGGCCAAAUGAGAACUCUUAUUGCUAUCAACUUCUUCGACAACUAAAUGAACAAAGAAAGAAAGGUAUUCUUUGUGAUGUCAGCAUCGUGGUGAGCGGGAAAAUCUUUAAAGCUCAUAAGAACAUCCUGGUUGCAGGCAGCCGUUUCUUUAAGACUUUAUAUUGCUUUUCAAACAAAGAAAGCCCUAACCAAAACAAUACUACCCAUUUAGAUAUUGCUGCAGUUCAAGGUUUUUCAGUCAUCUUGGACUUCUUGUAUUCUGGUAACCUGGUGCUCACAAGCCAAAAUGCCAUUGAAGUGAUGACAGUGGCCAGCUAUCUUCAGAUGAGUGAAGUUGUUCAAACUUGCCGAAAUUUCAUUAAAGAUGCCUUAAAUAUAAGCAUUAAAUCAGAAGCUCCAGAGUCUGUAGUUGUGGACUAUAACAAUAGAAAACCAGUUAAUAGAGAUGGUCUAUCUUCAUCACGGGAUCAAAAAAUUGCCAGCUUUUGGGCAACACGGAAUCUUACCAAUUUGGCAAGUAACGUAAAAAUUGAAAAUGAUGGUUGUAACGUCGACGAGGGCCAAAUAGAAAACUACCAAAUGAAUGACAGUAGUUGGGUCCAGGAUGGUUCACCUGAUUUGGCUGAAAAUGAAUCUCAAGGUCAAACAAAAGUGUUUAUUUGGAAUAAUAUGGGCUCCCAGGGAAUUCAAGAGACUGGCAAAACAAGGAGGAAAAACCAAACUACAAAGAGAUUUAUUUAUAAUAUACCACCUAAUGAAACAAAUUUAGAAGAUUGCUCAGUGAUGCAGCCACCUGUUGCCUAUCCAGAAGAAGAUUUAUCAUUCAUCAAGGAAGAACCAGAUCUGGAUGGUGCUCUACUCUCAGGGCCAGAUUGUGAUAGGAAUGUGAAUACAAAUUUAUUGGCAGAAGCCGGCUCCAGUCAGGAUGGAGGUGAUGCUGGUACUUCACAUGAUUUCAAGUAUAGCUUGAUGCCUGGCCCUUCAAGUGAUUUCAAGUAUGGACUGCUACCAGGUACUUCAAAUGAUUUCAAGUAUGGAUUGAUACCAGGUGCUUCAAACGAUUUCAAGUAUGGAUUAUUGCCCGAAUCUUGGCCAAAACAAGAAACUUGGGAAAAUGGUGAAUCAUCUCUAAUCAUGAACAAGUUAAAAUGCCCUCAUUGUAGCUAUGUAGCCAAAUACAGACGAACACUAAAAAGGCAUUUGCUCAUUCAUACGGGAGUCAGAUCAUUUAGCUGUGAUAUUUGUGGAAAACUGUUUACUCGCAGAGAACAUGUGAAAAGACAUUCCCUGGUGCAUAAAAAGGAUAAAAAAUACAAAUGUAUGGUGUGUAAGAAGAUCUUCAUGUUAGCAGCCAGUGUUGGAAUAAGACAUGGAUCUCGACGCUAUGGUGUUUGUGUAGACUGUGCAGAUAAAUCACAACCAGGAGGGCAAGAAGGUGUAGAUCAGGGACAGGACACAGAUUUCCCUCGGGAUGAAGAAUAUGAGGAGAAUGAAGUGGGAGAAGCUGACGAAGAGCUGGUUGAUGAUGGAGAAGAUCAGAAUGAUCCAUCUCGAUGGGAUGAAUCAGGAGAUGUUUGUAUGUCUCUAGAUGAUUAACUGACCUAUACUCCUCAAGGAUGCUGCAUUUGGACAUAAUAUGAAUCGACAAUUUGAAUUGUUGAACUUGAAGGCUUGCAAAAUAUGGUACAUGCUGGAUGGUAGUUAUGUUGCUGUGAAAACUGUAGGGUCAAAAAGCCUUAUAGCAAAAAAAUUUUUUUUUAUAUUUGCACAGGACUGUACAGCAAACAACCUUGUGGUUGGAUUACAUGGAGUCCCCACAUCUUCAGUCAGUUAUCAAAGUAAAAAUAUUUUUUAUUUAUAGGAUAUACAAUAACUAUUUGGGUCCUACGAAUAUAUAGUACCUAUCCUUAAAGAGCUUACAUUCAUGUGCCACUUUAACAUGAAUGAAGAAAAUCCAUUUAUAAGACUACAGUGACAGCUGACCCAAUUACUCUGUCCAUCAAACCACUCAGGCUAGUUUGUACUAGUAGAGUUUUGUUUCUAUUUUUAUUUUUAUUAAUUUUAUUUUUUUUAAUACAGAUUUUCAGUGAGGGGCCUUUUCAACCCCAUUGGUUCUACUUUUCUGUAUUUUUCCAUUUUAAUUUGCUUCAUAACUUAAACCAAGUAUCCUCUAGUCUUAGGUAUUAUUUCUCAAUUUUGUGCUGAUGGGCAUGUUUAUAAGAACUGGAGAGGUAAUUUAUUGGAAUGAACUAACUGACUUCCUCCAUUCCCCCUUUCCUUUUUGACAUGAAUUUUACUACUUCACAAAUGAAGAAAUGAUGUUACAAAGUUAACGUGGCGAAGUUGACAAAUACCACUAAAAUGAUUAUGAUUUAGAAGUAACUUUCUCCUGCUGCUCUAAUCUGAAAUGGUUAUUAUAUGACGUCUUCUGACAUGGUAUUCGGUUUUGAGUAUCUGCUACUUUGGCACUAUUCUUGUUUGCCUCUUUUUAUUUUUGCCAGUGUACUAUACCUCAGUCCUAUUUGAAAAGAGAAAUCUAAUCAAAAGAAAAGUCAUAGAAACAAUAAGUAAAAUGAUUUGUUUCGUAAUUUGACCUCCAUGUCCAGUUUGGUUAGCUUGUUAUGCAAUAUAAGUGAAAUAUCAGGUUUUUACUCCUGUGCCCUUUUUACCAUUAAAAAUAACACAAAAAGUGAAUUCUCUUUUGUUUGAUACUUACCGGGAUAUUGAGUGUUUUGAAAUUAUGAUAGAUAACUAUUUUUUCAAUUCCUCAAAGUUACUACAUCUUCAUAUAUAGUCUUUCUGGUAGUCACUAUGAUUCAACAGUCUGCAAAAAAUCUUACAAAAUAAAACAGGCUUUAUGAUUGUUCUGUUGACUAAAAUCCUUCAGGGUACAAGGGGUGAUAUAAAAUUGAAGUUAUAUUUAUUUAGUCUCCUGACAGAUGAAUUAGCUGAUUGUUGAACUCACAGCAGCAUUCACAAUUAAAAUUAACAUGCAUGACAUUUAUCAGGAACAUUGUAUAUUAUAUAAGAUUGAGGGAUAUCAUAUUUUCAGCUUUCUUUUAAAAAGAAAUUUAGUAUAUUUUCCUAUUUUAUAUCAGGUCACUAAAUUGUGCUAUUUGUGUGGAAAAAUUGCGAAGUACACUUUGACAGACAUAAUCCUUUUGGUGCUCCAUCUGAUCAAAGUUGAAGGUUGAUUUAUUUUUUUUUUUUAAGAGACAAGUUUUCUCGUCUCCAAUUUCGGUAGUAUAAUGGUUUAAUGUUAGACAUUGUUUCUGCUUGGAUAAAUCAAAGAUAUAAAGUACAGUUACAAUGGUUAGAUACAUCUUUUGUCAUCUAAACUUUAUUGUAGUUUCUACAUAACUGUAAAACUGACAUGAAUAGUUUGGUUUGAUUUUUGUUUAAGACUGAAGAGUACAUCUUAUUCUCAGUGUUCUAGACAAAUGAGUAUAAUGUAAUUCUGGUGGGGUCCAAAGUAGACGUUAGUUGGGCAAAGAUACUAUGAAUGAAAAAGUAUUUUAAACGUAAAAUGUUCUGCUUUGUGAAUAUGUAAGUAUAGUAUAAAGAUUUCUUUCGUCCCAUUUAUCCCCCUCCUUUAAAAUAAACCAUAGUUUACAAUUGGUAGAUCUGUCUAUAUAUAAAUAUAUAUUAAAGAGAAAAGAUAUAUAUCUGAAAAUCA